GGCAAAGUCGUAGGCUGAGCGAAACAGUGAACUCUUUCGACAGUGUAUUCACACAGAACCCUAUCGUGUUGUGAGUUCAACCACCAGGAUAAGGUAUUCAGAUUUUGGACCGUUUCGCUCGGAUAUCAUGGGACCCACUACAAAGGAGACAGAUGCAGUGUGGGCAGAUGGAAUUUGGAGACAUUGAAGGACACUUACUGCAUCCCAGCCUUCACACAACAGGGGUGCACCUUCUGCUACAAAACCAGGAGGGCAGAUUAAAGAUCCAUCUCCUACAGCUGUCGUCCUGAAUUAGCUGCCGUGAAGGAAGGAAAAGGAAAGGGGACCACUUCACUUCACUUCACUACUGCGCUCCACUCUUCAUCUCCCCACGCCACUACUACCCGACAACAGACGCUCAGCAUCAGGGGUUGUGGAGGGCAGUAGUCUGGUUAUGGACUCCUGCUCCUGAGGGUGAAAGGUCAGGUAGGCCUGCAUGCAGGGGCCUCUCCUGGAGUGCCGGAGACUUCCUCUGCAGGCCCAACUGCAAGAGACAGACCCCAGCCUCACCCCCCUCUCGCCUCUCUCGACACCCUCUAUCUCCCUCACUCUGUUGUUUCCCUCUGAAAAGGACCCACAACCCCACAAUGAUGUGAAUGAGAGCAGAAAGGUGUGGGGUGUUUCAUUCAGCGUAUUUUCCAUACUUGUUUUGUUAUCUCUCGCGGGUAUGAUAUGAGUGUUUUGGGACGCGAGGCGAGGAGACAACGUGUCUUAUCAUCCACCAUUAGCACUAGCAGCGUCAGCUGUUAGCGUCGGCACACUGGACUAACCGCGACGUGACGACAUGCAGUCCGAGGAACUCUUCAACAGGAAACUGAAAGCCUUGAAUGGCAGCAUGGGCCCUCCUCCAAGCAGCGGCGGCGGCAGCGGCACAUUGCCGGGCUCUAAGGCGGGCGACGGCGGCAAAGCCAACGGCGCCCCGGCCAUGCCCAAGAUGGGGGUGCGCGCCCGAGUCACAGACUGGCCCCCGAAAAAGGACGUGUGGGUAGACGGCCGCGGGGCCACGUUGGGCCCCCACUACGAGAGUGUCAUCAUGGCCUUUCAGAACGGCCAGCAGCUGCAGCUUCAGCAAGACCCACGUCUAGUGGGAAUGGACAUCCACGACAUGGACGAGCCACCUCCGCUAGACCCCGACGAAUACCCGGACACUAGGUACUCUCUCAGCGACCUUCUGAGUCGCUCGCCCUUGAAAGGCCUCCACCCGAUCCGGCAGCGCAGCAACAGCGACGUGACCAUCAGUGACAUCGACUCGGAGGACCUGGUGGUGGAUCAGAAGGCGGUGAACCCCAACACGGGAGCCUCGCUGCACCGCGAGUACGGCAGCACCUCCUCCAUCGACCGGCAGGGCCUGAUGACGGGAGACGGCUUCUACACGCUGCUGCGGGGCUACCGGGUGGAGACGCUGGACCACCAUCUCAGGAGCGCCAGCAGCAGACACCACGCUCUGCCCCCGUCUCUGCCUCACCCCCACCCCCAUGGGCAUCCUCAUCACCCACAGGGCUUUCCGGAGCUGCUGCGCUGCGAAUCGGCCUUGUCCCCCGCGCUGCAGACGGCGGCCCAGAUCGCGCGCGGCGAGAUCGUGCGCAUCUCCAACUACGACUACGUGGACGGCUCGCUCUACUACAGCCGCGAGCGCUGCGGCGACAAGUCCUUCAUGCGCCGCCUCAAGUCCGACUCCACGGAGACCACCUCGCUGUUCCGCAAGCUGCGCACCAUCAAGAGCGACCACGAGGGCCUGCGCCUGUCCGUGGACGGCGGCGACGACCCGCGGCGGCCCCUCAGCUUCCAGAAGUGCUUCGCCCACUACGACGUGCAGAGCGUGCUGUUCAACGUCAGCGAGGCGCAGGCCAGCCGCAGCAGCCUGGCUCAGAGGAAGAACACCACCACGGGAGCCUCGGCCGCCUCCGCAGGACUGCCUGGAGCAGCUGAACUCGCAGGUGGUGGUGGUGGUGUGCCAAGAGGAGGUGGUGGUGGUGUUGGAGUUGGACUAGCAGCAGCAUCAGCAAUGUCGGUAGCAGCCUGCAGCAGCAGUGGUGGUGGCGGUGGCUUGGGCAGCAUGGGUGGCCAGACCUCGUCCUCCUUCGAGUCUCCGCUGGGCAGCCGCGAGGACCUGAACCCCAAGGAGAACCUGGACGCGGACGAGGGUGACGGCAAGAGCAGCGGCAUGGUGCUCAGCUGCCCGCACUUCCGCAACGAGGUUGGCGGCGAGGGCGAGCGGCGGAUCUCGCUCUCGCGGGCCAACAGCGGCGGAGGAGGAGGAGGAGGGGAGAGCUGCUCAUUUGAGUCGUCUCUGAGCUCGCACUGCACCAACGCCGGCGUCUCGGUUCUGGAGGUGCCGCGCGAGAACCAGCCCAUCCACCGGGAGAAAGUCAAACGCUACAUCAUCGAGCACAUCGACCUGGGAGCGUACUACUACCACAAGUACUUCUACGGCAAAGAGCACCAGAACUACUUCGGGGUGGAUGACAACCUGGGUCCAGUGGCGGUCAGCGUCCGCAGAGAGAAGCUGGAGGACAGCAAGGACGGCAGCCAGUACAACUACCGAGUCACCUUCAGAACCAGCCAGUUGACCACGCUGCGUGGUGCCAUCUUGGAGGACGCCGUGCCCUCGACUGCUCGGCAUGGCACGGCGCGGGGCCUGCCCCUCAAGGAGGUGCUGGAGUACGUGGUGCCCGAGCUCAACAUCCAGUGCCUCAGGCUGGCCAUCAGCUCCCCGAAAGUGCCCGAGCAGCUGCUCAAGCUGGACGAGCAGGGGUUGAGUUUCCAGCAUAAGGUGGGUGUGCUGUACUGCAAGGCUGGCCAGAGUACAGAGGAGGAGAUGUACAAUAAUGAGAGUGCCGGCCCCGCGCUGGAGGAGUUCCUGGACCUGCUGGGACAGAGGGUCAGGCUCAAGGGCUUCACCAAGUACCGGGCACAGCUGGACAACAAGACCGACUCCACGGGCACUCACUCGCUCUACACCACCUACAAGGAUUACGAGCUGAUGUUCCACGUCUCCACCCUGCUGCCCUACACCCCCAACAACAAGCAGCAGCUGCUGAGGAAGAGGCACAUAGGAAAUGACAUCGUGACCAUCGUGUUCCAGGAGCCCGGGGCUCAGCCCUUCACCCCCAAGAACAUCCGCUCCCAUUUCCAGCACGUCUUCGUCAUCGUCAAAGUACACAACCCCUGCACAGAGAACGUCUGCUACAGUGUGGCCGUGUCCCGGUCGAAAGACGUUCCCCCGUUCGGGCCGCCCAUCCCCAAGGGCGUGACCUUCCCCAAGUCGGCCGUGUUCCGGGACUUCCUGCUGGCCAAGGUCAUCAACGGCGAGAACGCUGCGCACAAGUCGGAGAAGUUCCGGGCCAUGGCCACACGCACACGGCAGGAGUACCUCAAGGACCUGGCGGAGAACUUUGUCAGCACGGCCACCGUGGACUCGGCUGUGAAGUUCAGCUUCAUCACGCUUGGUGCCAAGAAGAAGGAGCGUACCAAGCCACGCAAGGACGCGCACCUGCAAAGCGUCGGGGCUAUCACCUGGUGCGUGGUGGCGCGGGACUUCGGUCAGACGUCCGAUAUCGCUUGCCUGCUGGGCGUGUCCAAUGAGUUCAUCGUGCUGGUGGAGGAGGAGUCUAAGAACGUGGUGUUCAACUGCUCCUGCCGGGACGUGAUUGGCUGGACGUCCACGAUAGGAGCCAUUAAGGUGUUUUACGAACGCGGGGAGUGCGUGAUGUUUUCAGCGCUGGAGAACUGUGCGGAGGACAUUCGGGAGAUCGUCCAGCGUCUUGAGAUCGUGACACGGGGCUGUGAGACAUCGGAGAUGACGCUGCGUCGUAACGGUCUGGGCCAGCUGGGUUUCCAUGUCAACUUCGAGGGCAUUGUGGCCGACGUGGAGCCCUUCGGCUUCGCCUGGAAGGCGGGACUGAGGCAGGGCAGCCGAUUGGUGGAGAUCUGUAAGGUCGCUGUGGCAACACUCACGCACGAGCAGAUGAUCGACCUGCUGCGGACGUCGGUCACCGUCAAAGUGGUCAUCAUCCAGCCCUAUGACGAUGGCACGCCACGGAGGGGCUGUUCGGAGCUGUACCGCAUUCCCAUGGUGGAGUAUAAGCUGGACAGCGAGGGCACGCCCUGCGAGUACAAGACGCCCUUCAAGCGCAACACCACCUGGCACCGCGUGCCCACGCCGGCCAACCAGCCGCUGCCGCGUGGCUCGCCCACCCAGGGGCCCGAGCGCGCCAUGCAGUGCCAGCAGAUGCUGCAGCACGCACAGCAGUCCUCCUCCGCUAUCCCACGAAGCACCUCUUUCGACAGGAAGCUGCCCGACGGCUCCAGGGUGAUGGCGGAUGUGGAGAACCCCCAGGUGGUGUCGUGUGGUAAGGGCGACCCCAGGGAACACUAUCGCAGCUCCCCUAGCAACCAGUCCUCCUCCAGCGACCCCGGACCCAGUGGCAGCAGCACCUGGGCCACGCAGCCCGGAUAUGACGGAUGCCAGUCUCCAGUGCUGCACGAGCGAGUGGGCGAGGGGCAAGGCAUGAUGGGAGAAGGGGAGGGGCUCCGGGACAGGGAGCACACGCUGGAGAGGACCCGAUCUGCAGAGGCCAAGUGGCACAUCCCCUCCACCAAGAUCCUCAACUCCCUCAAGGAGAGGGGCAAGGACUCACCCAAUAAACUGAGUCGAACGGGAGACAAGAACUCCAGCCACUCCAGCAGCAACACCCUGUCCAGCAACGCCUCCUCCAGCACCACCAGCACCGACGACAAGCACUUCGGCUCCGGCGACCUGAUGGACCCCGAGGUGCUGGGCCUGACCUACAUCAAGGGGGCCUCCACCGACAGCGGCAUCGACACCGCCCCCGGCUCCUCCUCCGGAGCCGCCCCCCACCCCGGGGGCGCCGCGGGGAUGCUGGCGGGGGCCUGCGCCCGGGUGGCCUUGCAAGGCAGGGGGACGUUGGACCCGGGGCACCCCGGAUGGGGCUUGGUGGUUGGUGCGGGUAGCGGUGGUGAGGAUGGGGCGGUGUCGACGGAUGACGAGCAGCAUGGCGGCGGCGGUGGUAGAAAGCUGUACCUGCCGCAGGGUUACGCCGCCGCCCUGGUGGCUGGAGAACAUAUGACGGACGGGAGCAGCCUGGGGGACGUGAGCGAGCUGUCGUCACACUCCAGUGGUUCCCACCAUUCUGGCAGUCCCCGAGCCCGGGGCAGGCACAGCGCCUCCCCAGACCUCCCUAGGUCCCCCCUGAGCACCUCCACGGCAGGGGCCCCGUGCCCUCCGGGGGCCGGCACUGGCCCGGGCCUGGGCCAAGGGCAGGAGGGCCACACGCUAACGCGCAGCAGGAAGUGCUCAGAGGACAGGUCCAGCCACCAGCUCACGGAGCCCCCGAGCCUGGCAGGGUGUGGGCAGAUGUACCUGGCGGAGAUGGCCAGCCGCAUGCGGGAGAGUGAGCGGGCGGGCAAGCUGCAGCCGGGCAUGAGCAAAGAGGAGUACCUGAAGAUGAUGAUGCUGCCCGAUAGCCCACCAGGAGAGGACGGACACCGCAAGUCCUCCGCAUCAGGCACCCUGUCUCCGCGGCGUUCACUGUACCGCACGCUGUCUGAUGAGAGCGUGUGCAGCAGCAACAGGAAGGGUUCGUCCUACUCCAGCUCCCGCAGCUCCAUGCUGGACCAGGCGUUGCCUAGCGACAUCCUCUUCAGCUCCACGCCCCCCUACCACAGCACUCUGCCCCCCAGGAUGGGCUUGUGCCCGCCAGCAUCCAACCUCAGGAAUGAGUUCUGGUACUCUGACGGCUCCCUGGCGGACCGGGCCAAGUUCAGCGACCCCGGGCUCAUGCCCCUGCCCGACACGGCCUCCGACAUGGACUGGUCGCACCUGGUCGACGCCGCCCGAGCCUUCGAAGACCAGCGCGUGGCCUCCUUCUGCACCAUGACGGACAUGCAGCGAGCGGAGGCGCUGCAGAUCUCCCAGGAGCUCACCAGGAGGGUGGCCGCAGCCGAGGGGGCGGCACUGCAGGCAGGGGAAGCCUCCCCUGUUACUCUGACUGGCAAAGUCAACCAGCUGGAGGUGAUUCUGAGGCAGCUGCAGUACGACCUGAGAAAGGAGAAGGAGGACAAGGCGAUCCUGCAGGAGGAGGUGCAGCACCUGCGUCAGGACAACAUGCGACUGCAAGAGGAGAGCCAGACGGCUUCAGCACAGCUACGCAAAUUCACAGAGUGGUUCUUUAACACCAUCGACAAGAAGCCCUGAGAUAGACACACACACACACACACACACACACACACACACACACACACACACACACACACACACACACACACACACACACACACACACACACACACACACACACACACACACACACACACACAGAAAACCUUGCCCUGUAGCCCAAAGCCAGCCAUGGUUAAGGCUUUCUCUCUCAUACAGAGUAUGCACACUCAGCUGUAUACGCCCAGACUCCCACACAUGUGCGCUCACACAAACGUACACACAUAAUAUUGUACACACUCCCCCAUAGGACAGGAAAGAGGGCAGAGCUGUUUGGAAAUAGGACCGACCUCCCCCCACAUCCCCCUUUUAUGAACACAAGAAUGAGGGCCUCAGAUGGGUCCCCUGGUACUCUCCUCUGCUCUUUUCUCUUCUCCCAUCCCCUAUAUUUACCCCUUUCCAACACCCACCCUAAUCCUCCCUGCUCCUCUCCUUUCUUCCUCCUCUCCUCUCCUCUCUUCUCCUCUC